CUACCAGCAGCACCCAUAUGUGCUCUGCGGGGCCUUCCGCACCCACUAAGUAGUUGAGUAGUCAUGUUACAGAUAAAAACCCGCAUGAGGUACAGCUCCCUGGGCAUCGCAGCUGCGAGGUUGUUCUCCUCCGGUUCCUCCAAAAACCCGGUGGUGUUUUUGGACAUUGAGGCCGACAGUGAGCCUCUCGGAAGAAUAAUCAUUGAGUUGAAUGCAGAUGUUGUGCCAAAGACAGCAGAAAACUUCCGAGCACUGUGCACUGCGGAACAUGGCUUUGGAUACAAGGGAUGUGGGUUUCACAGGGUCAUACCUGGGUUCAUGUGCCAGGGAGGAGAUUUCACCAAACACAACGGCACUGGAGGGAAAUCUAUAUAUGGGGAAACGUUUAGAGAUGAAAACUUCAAAUUAAAACACACUGGUCCAGGAACACUUUCAAUGGCAAACUCAGGGCCAAACACAAACGGCUCCCAGUUCUUCAUCUGUACAGCUAAAACUGAAUGGCUCGAUGGUAAACAUGUGGUGUUUGGGCAGGUGAAGGAAGGUAUGGAUGUCGUCACUAGGAUGGAAUCCUUUGGCUUACAUGACGGCGGUGUAAUCAAGAAAAUUGUCAUCGCUGACUGCGGGGAAAUCAAAUAGAAUCUAAGAUCACGUGGACUUUGGUCAGAUGACUCGCUAUGCACUCACUUGGUAUUUAUCUUUCCUUUCGUGUUCACUAUAUUUUCAAAGAGGAGCUGUCACGGAUGAUUCUGCUCUUCCCUAAAUGAUUAUUGCUGUUAAAAGAGCCAUAUUUCAUGCUCAAAAUCAGGAAUGAAGUGUUUAUAGUGUGUGUUUACUUAUAACUAAUACUAAUAAUGGAAACGCAGGGAGUUAUAACACUGAUGCAUUUUAUCUUUGUUGUUACAGAUCUCCUGCUUUUCUGACUUUUAACUUUAGCCAUCCCUGUAGCUGUCUACUAUGCAAAAUGUAUUUAAUAUGCAAUUACUCUCAAAUAAAUGGCCAUUUUCAG